GCGGAGAGCGGCGCCUGGCUGCUGGUGCUCGGCGCCGUGUUCCUCUGCAGCGCGCUCAGGAUCCUCCUGCCCUCCUGCUCCUCCCUCAUAUCCAGGCUGUUACAGAAGGAUGCAGAGCAGGAAUCUGAGAUGAGAGCUGAGAUCCAGACCAUGAAGCAGGAGCUUGCCACCAUCAGUAUGAUGGAUGAGUUUGCCAGAUAUGCCCGGCUGGAGAGGAAGAUUAACAAAAUGACUGACAAGCUCAAAACCCACGGUACAGUUCCAUAUCUGCUCCCUUUUCCAAAAGGAAAAACAUUUUCUGUAUCUGAAAAGCAUUCUGUCAAGAGUGUUUUCAGUUUUAAGUAUAAAUUCCCAUUCCAGGCUGCCCUGAUGAUCUCUCUGAUCUGGAAGUAUUACUCUGAGCCCGUCACGGUCCUUCCAAGCAAAUGGUUGGCUCCCCUGGAGCGCCUGGUGGCCUUCCCUACAGGAGUGGCAGGAGGUGUGGGAAUUACCUGCUGGCUCGUGGUCUGCAAUAAAGUUGUGGCUAUCAUGCUGCACCCCUUCAGCUGAAGGAAUCCCUGGACUCCUCAACUGCAUUCACAUUAUCACUGUUUUAAAUUAAUUUAAAAACAAAGGGGACAGUUAUCUUUCAUGAGACAAGGUCUGGGGCAAUCCUUGUUAUUCCAUUUGGAUAUCAGUCAGUCCUUUUGAUUUCUCUUCCCAGAGUUUGCCUUUCAGUUUGGAAAGAACAGCAUUGCUGGUUAUAAAACCUCAUUUUGGGUUUAUUUGUGGCAGAGCCAUAAGGUUUUGCUGUGGCCUGUUGUCACCAACAUCUAAAAGUGUUGGAUAUGUGAUUUUAAAUUGGAAAUGUGCUGGCUUUAGGAAUUAAUUUGGGAGCAUGGCUGUUUCUUUGCUGUAAAAUGUGGUAGCUUCACCCCGAGGUGGGAUCAUGUUGAGUGGUGCAGAGGGCAAAGGGAGGUGGGUUGGGACAAAAGAGAGUUUCUUUGUGACUUUUUUUACCUUAAAAUUGGAAUAUUCUUGAGCUUUCCUAAAAAAAAAAAUAGAUGUGUUUAAUAAGAUUUUAUCUCUUUAAGAGGUUUCUUCAGCUGCCAAACACAGGCUGCUGUCAAUGAUGCAGAAGACAGUGCUGUUCCUGCAGAGGGGAUGCUGAUUUAGCUUCCCACUCUGGAAUUCCCACAGAGGAAUGAUCUGUUCUGUCAUUCCAGGGCCUUUUCCUCCCUGCAGGAAGGAAGGGGCCAGGACCCUCUAAAAUUGGCACUGCCUUUAAAAACCAGUUCAAAAGGUGAGGUUCUGUUGUGUGUAUAGAUUAAAUAUUUUUGUUUGUUUGUUUUUUUAAUGUUAAUUUAAAAAUUGGGAUUUUAUAUUAGGAAUUGUAUUUAGCCAACAUGAAAAUAAAUAUCAAGGUAAAAAUGUGAUUGAAUGUUAUGUAUAAUUGUGAUUUUAUUAAGGAAAUAAAGCUUUUCCACUCA